CUGAAGAAGUGCGUAGUUUGAGAAGUGUGUGGAGCAUUUGGAGAAAGAAGAGGAGGAGGAGGAGGAGGUGGUGGUGGAGCAGUGGGUGGCUGGCUCUGAAGGUGAAGGAGUGCCAGGAUGCUGUCUGUGAUGAGCAUGAUGGAAGGGGGUCACCUGCACGAAGAAGAAGAGGAGGAGGAAGAGGAGGAUCCUCACCUGGAGGAGGAGGAGCACGGCCACGAUGGACUCCAGCUCUCCAAGGCGGAACUAAGAAAGAGCAACAAGCCGAUCAUGGAGAAGCGGCGGCGGGCGAGAAUCAACACGUGUCUCAAUGAACUCAAGACUCUUAUUCUUGACGCUAUGAGGAAAGACCCCGCCCGUCACAGCAAGCUGGAGAAGGCGGACAUCCUGGAGAUGACCGUGAAGCACCUGCAGGCGGUGCAGCGGCAGCAGCUAGCUUUGGCUGUGGCCCACGACCCCGCCGUCCUCACUAAGUUUCGCAGCGGCUUCACGGAGUGCGCCCAGGAGGUCACAAGGUACGUGUCGAGGAUCGAGGUGGAAGGAGGCGUGCGGCAGCGGCUGCUGCAGCACCUGGGCCAGUGUGUGUCUGGACUAUCCACCAUGACGCCCAUGUCCUUCACGGCCAUGGCGGGGCUGCCCAUGCCUCUCACCCACCUCCAGGGCGGCGCUCUUCCCACCAGGGCCUCCUCCUCCCCUGCAGCAGAGGCCUGGUGAUGUCAACAACAACCAGGCCAGGCUGCUGCACGGCCUUGUUGCUGCCAGGCUUGCAGCUGCCGGAGAUGCUGCAGGUGCAGCACUCCUCCUCCAUGGUGGCCUGUCCCUCCUUGCCCAUGCCUCCCCCCACCCUCCACCUCCCACCUCGC